UUCAUCCCAGACCGUCAGAGCAGAGACUGCUGUACUUUCUUGUGUGUUUGGAAGACCACUCAAUCCUGUAAAUUGCAAGUGGAGAAUUUCUGCGACUAGUAUGGAGAACCUGACAGUUCUCGCUCUGGCAAUUGCCAUGUGCUUAGCUCUUUGUAACGCUUCCCCACUGCUGACAUCGCCAGAUGACCGUCAAAUAGCAGAAGAUUAUUUAGCACAAUUCUACAAGGAUCCUGAUGUGAUUCAGCCGAAUGGCAGAAGUUUAGACCUUCCCAAUUUUGAGAAAGAUCUGAAAGGCAUGCAAGAGUUUUUUGGACUGGAGGUCACAGGCAAGCUGGACACAAACACUCUGGAGGUGAUGAAACAACCGCGCUGCGGUGUCAGUGAUGUGGCGAGAUACGUCCACUUUAAUGGGAAGCCCAGGUGGAAGCAAAGUGUUGUAACAUACAGAAUAACAGAAUACACAUUGAAGUUGCGCAGGAGUGAAGUAGACGCCACUAUCGCUAAAGCCUUCAAGCUGUACAGUGAUGUCAUUCCACUCGAUUUCAAACAGAUCUACAGCGGCACAGCUGAUAUCAUGAUUCUCUUCAAAGCAAGAUGUGGGUUUGAUCAGUAAAUUUGUGUCAUACAAAAUCACUACUGUGACUUAUUUUCCUUAUAAUAUGUUUGCUUUUAGAUCAUGGAGAUAG